UUUCCCCUUCCCUUCCCUUCCCUUUCCCCGCCCCUCGCCGCGGGUCCCCUCGUCGGCGGGCGCGAUGCGGCGGCGGCCGCUGCUGGCGCUGGGCCUGGCCCUGUGGGCGCUGGGCGCGGCGCACGGCCAGCACCGCGCCGACUACGACCGGGAGGCGCUGCUCGGCGGGCAGGAGGAGGCGGAGGAGUACGCGCGGCUCAGCCCGGAAGAGCAGCAGCGGCGGCUGCGGGCAAUCGUCAGGAGGAUCGAUGCGGACGGCGACGGGCUGCUCAGCAAGGAUGAGCUGAGCUCCUGGAUACAACAGUCCUUUAAACAUUACGUUACACAAGAAGCUAAGCAGCACUUCCAUGACUAUGACAAAGAUGGUGAUGGAUUAGUGUCUUGGAAAGAGUACAAUUUACAAAUGUAUGAUCGUGUCAUUGAUUUUGAUGAGAACACUGUCCUGGAGGAUCAAGAAGAAGAAUCAUUUCGACAGCUUCAUUUAAAGGAGAAAAAGCGUUUUGAAAAAGCUAAUAGGGAUGAUGUUCCUGAUCUAAAUGUGGAUGAAUUCAUUGCUUUUGAACAUCCUGAAGAAGUGGAGUAUAUGACGGACUUUGUCAUUCAGGAAGCUUUAGAAGAGCAUGAUAAAGAUGGUGAUGGAUUUGUUAACCUGGAAGAAUUCCUUGGUGAUUACAGAAGAGACCCAACUGCAAGGGAAGAUCCAGAAUGGAUACUUGUUGAGAAGGAUCGGUUUGUGAAUGACUAUGACAAGGAUAAUGAUGGGAAACUCAGCCCACAAGAGCUGCUGUCUUGGAUAGUACCGAAUAAUCAGGGUAUUGCACAAGAGGAGGCUCUUCACCUUAUUGAAGAAAUGGAUUUGAAUGAUGAUAAAAAGCUUUCUGAAGCAGAAAUUCUUAAGAACCAGGAUUUGUUUCUUAACAGUGAAGCAACGGAUUAUGGCAGGCAGCUUCAUGAUGAAAGUUUCUACCACGAAGAACUUUAGAUUAUUUAUUUUGUAAUCUGGUUUUCUUCCCUUUCUUUCAUUUGGAGCUUUUGUUAAAUGCAUCCAGUUUUUGGCUAUGUUGCAAGCUUUAUGCUGUAAUUACAAUAGACUAAUGUUUGUGUAAAUACUUUGCAUUCAAAAUUAAAUUGCCCUCCUGCAGACUUCCUUGGGCCUCUUCUAGCCUGCAAAAUUAAUCUUAAAUACUUACUUUCAAAAUUAUAUAGCAAUGGGAAAUAAUUUACUUAAGGUAUUGUACUGUAUUGUGAAGAGUUGUGUGACUGUACUUCAACUAAAUGGAGAAUCUAAGUGAUUCUCUGAAAGAACUCAAACCAGAAAAUGAGACUGCUAUAUUUUCUACUCAGUUUAAUUAGGGAGGAGAGUAGGAAAGAUGGGGGAAGUUGUUUAGAAUCAGUAUUAACUGUGUUUUAUUUAAUACAUUUGGAGAAACACUUAGCUUAAUGCCUCAAUUGUUUAAGAGGUUUCUACUUAAUUUUAAAUGGUUUCUAUAACGUGUUUUAUUGUAUUAUAAUAAAAACCUACUAUUUUUACAUCUACAGAAAACAAUUGUUUUUAUGUACAAUUCUACAGCAUUGGCAAUACAAUGGUACUGUACGUUGUCAAGAUCCUCCUCAUUUGUUGGAUUAAAACUUAAAAUAUUCUGUCUUUGUUUUGUACUUUUAUUAUGUACUGUGGGUCACCCGUAGCAACUCCUUGAAAUGUGAUCAAUUUGCAGUAGCGUAUUUAUUUGGGAAUCACUCCUUUUGAAUGCAGAUCGGAAUACCGAGGGCAACUCGCAUACACCGUGUGGAGGCAACAGUAUGUAUUCUUUGGCAACAGUCUUAGGUUUUGUAUGCUAAGGACAGCUCAUUGGAUCUAGAUGUUAAAAAGGAUUCAAAAAAAAAAAAAGUAAUGCGUGCAUUUAGCAUUUUCUGGGCAUGUUUGCAAAAGCAGUGUUGUUUCAUUUUUUUCUUAAAUUUGGGAUAUAUGGAACUCUACAGCAUAAAGACAUCACAUAAUAGUUGUAGUAAUAACCUCUAAAAAUUAACUUCAGUUGAAAGCUCCACAAUUACCAUUCAUAAAAGUAAGUAAUGUCCCGUUAAGUGAUGAUGUGAAAUAACCAGGAAGGUUAAUGGCAUGACAGAUUCUGUUUAGGAAAGUACAUAUAUUCACUUCUCAUCUAGAAAGUCACAGCCUCACAGAAUAGCUUGUGUAAAAUAUGUUAGUUUUUAUUUAUUUUUUUAAUUCCCUGGUAACUGACUCCUGUAAUGUUUCUGCAGUAUUGUUCUUGGCUAAUGUUUUCCUUCUUCCCAACUCUGUUCUUAGUAAAGUCAAGUGCUGCCUUUUUUCCAAUAGACCAUCUCUUAAUUGUUCUCAGAACAUCCAAUCUUCCUUUCAGCGUAAGCAUUGAAAUAUCGCCGUUAGAAGGCUAGCAGUUUUGAUACAAAGCAAAACUACAUUUAAUUUUACUGGAUUGUUUAGAUAUCCUUAUAGUGAUAGAAAUUAAAAAUGCUUUUUCAAUUUUAGAGAUUGCUUUUCUACCCAUAUUUGUUUAUUCCUGGAAAUGUAAGUACAACUAUUGCUGUGUUGUCGGUUGGAUGUGAUUAAAACAAACAAA